AUGACCCCGUCGCCCCUAGACCCCCGGCCCCUCGGCCCCUUCUCUCCUGGCCCCGCCCCCUCGGCCCCUUCUCAAGGUGCUGUAGGUGCUGCUCAAGGAACUCCGCGCCCGCCCUUCUUUGAGGGGUGCUCCCCCUACCACCUUCCCCCCUCCUACGCCUCUGCUGCUGCUGCAGACGUCUCUGUUGCUGAGGACGUCGGGGCUGCUUCUGCUAGUGCGAAGCGCCGCAGCAGCAAGGGCAAGGGUGGCAGGGGUGGUGGAGGUGGCAGCGGUGGUGGUGGAGGUGGCAGCGUGAGUGGUGGUGGGGGCAGCAGUGGAGGUGGUGGAGGCAGUGGAGGUGGUGGCGGCGGUGGGACUGGUGGAAGGAGUGGGGGCUCUAGUGGCCGCGGUGGAGGCAGCGGUGGGCGUGGCGGCACUGGAGACGGUGGGACUGGUGGUGGUAGGACUGGACCCUGGCGUGGAGGCCCUGGUGGUGGCCAGCGGCAGCAGCAGCAGUGUCCGAGCGAGACCCAGUCGCCCCAGCAGCUCCGUGAGUGGUUGUUUCAGCGUGGUACGUCUGGGGGUAGUGAUAGCUGCCCGUAUGUCAUUCGCACGGGUGUCCGUGCUGGUGAGACAUGCGCGAAGCUUCACUCUCAGCACCGCUGCUUCUCCCGCCUCGACGACGCCUGGCGCGCUGAGUUUGGUGACGAGGUCGAGCGCCCUCGCUGGGCAGAUUUGCUUAGGUAUAGCGGCUGCUGGUGCUAG